UACGAGAGCGCAGACGCCGACUGAAAGCAUCGAGGAUAGUACCCGGCACGGUACCGAAGUACCGGACAGAGCUAGCUCGCCCGCAACGCUGUGUUCGUCUGGCAACGAGUAGUUCAGGGCACGAGCCACGUUCACCUGAUUCCUCCGAGCGAUUUUAUCGAACGCAUCAUCGACUUUGUACGGACGAUUCUCUCUUCAAUUCGUCGCGGGCAACUCGUUCAGCCGGCCGAAUUGAAUCGCGCGAGUUACCGACGAAUCAACGAGGGACCGCUUUCCCGCGCUCUGAGCCCACUCGGUUUUCACCUGUUAACCGAGCCGUCGCACUCCCCUUCCUUGUCCAGAAGCUUGCGUUCAGGAGAACUUCUGCACAAAUGAUGAAAGGUCGGCAUCAAUUUCGUCGUCGUUUCAGUUUACAACCGUCGUCGCUGAAAGAGGGUCAGGAAGAUGGAACGACCAAAAACGUUAGAAAUGAGAGACUGUCGGAAUCGGACAGCGGCGGUGGAAAACAAGCGGAAAGUUCCAUACGGCACAAAAUCGUGGUGAUGGGCGCGGCGAAAGUUGGCAAAUCUGCGAUAAUCAACCAGUUUCUCUACAACACGUUCACGCCGAAGUACAAGCGAACAGUGGAAGAGAUGCAUCACGGUGAUUUCAACGUUUCCGGGAUACAUCUGACGCUCGACAUCUUGGACACGUCUGGCUCGUACGAGUUCCCGGCUAUGAGAGACCUAUCCAUCAAAUCCGCGGACGCGUUUAUCCUCGUGUACGACGUACACGAUGCUAACACGUUCCUCGAAGUGAAAACGCUCCGAGCCCAAAUUCUUGACACCAAAGGCGCCGUGCCCAUCGUCGUCGUUGGCAAUAAAGUCGAUCUGAUUGACUCUGAGCAGGAGGUAGACACAGAGAGCACGAGAGAGCUGGUGGUCAUGAAGUGGGAAAACGGUUUCGUGGAAGUGUCCGCCAAAGAAAACCUAAACAUCUCGCAGGUGUUUAAGGAGCUACUGAUCCAAGCGAAGCUGAAGUACAACCUGAGCCCAGCACUGAGACGUCGUCGCCGGCAAUCGUUACCACCGCCGCAGCAUUUGAACUCCCGCAGCAGCAGCACCCACGUCCCAUCGCCAGCGCAGCUGCAACAUUUGCAGCAGAUUCGCGAGCGUUCCGAGUCCAAAAGGAAUUCCUGCAUUCUCUCGUAAAGAGCUUGGUCUUGUUAUUACGUCUCUGCUGAUACGAAAGUGGAAGGAUUUUGAGAAUCGAAAGACGAGGGCGAAGCUACAUCGCGGCGAUUCAAUUAGCGAUUCUGUUCGCUGAGAUCGAUCUAAUACGUCCUAUUCGAUGGUCCAAUGUCUUUGCGCGGCAAGCUCGACAUACUUCGAGUCGAUGGUCGAAUAUAAACCAUCGAAAGAAUUGCUAAAGGCGUCGUAAACGACAAGAACAAAGGCGAGCAUUCAGCCGAAGAGUUCAGCAUUGGCUGGUAAUUUCUUCCUUUUCAGUGGUUGGAAAUCCGAUGUCGUUAGGAUUCGAGAAAACUAAGCCAAAAUGGAACCAGAAUUGGGGAUCUCGUUUGCAAAUUUCAGGUCAGAAACGGAGAACAUUUGCCGUAUAGAUUGUCUCUAUUCGAUUCGAAACCUCACGAUCCCCGUACAGUUAUCGUGUCGUUCUUGAUUUUCGUGGUCGGGCCUUCGGGAUUUAGCAAGUUUAUUCUUGAGGAAACGAUCCAAUGAAUUUCCAUUACUCGAUGUUUAUCGUUCGACAAUUCGAUGUGCGUAGUGCGAAUCAACGUACUUGAUGUGUCUCUGUUUCGUCUCCGAUUAAAAGAUGCGUCCCGAAAAUUGGAAACUCACACUACUAGGUAGAAGCAGACACCAUGAAGAGAUCAAUGGAAUACAUUUUGCGAUUACAGAAGUGCAGGUCGUGAUAAUUAUUCCCUGUAACUUAGUCAUUCGAUUCUUUUCGCAGUCGAGAACACGUCCUUGUUCCCCUUUCUCGAUGCAAAAUGUUACAAUUUCAUUCGACAUUACCGAUCGAAUGAUGAAACUGAACCAAACGGUACAGCAUAAUUAUUCCGAAUUAUCAAAUCGUAGAAUUCCAAGUUUACAGAUAUAACAAAAUAUCUUACAAAGAAAUAUCCUAUUUCAGGGUUGUCUCCCACUGCCCACUCACUAUCUUAUUAUCCAUUUACAAACACGUACAACGGCCAAACAAUAUUUUGUAAAGCAUUAUUGGCUAGUCGAUUUAAUCUUACAUCAAGCAUUUGCCUACGCUGUUCUUUAUAUAUCGUUUCAAAUAAAUCAAUCGUUAUUUGAAAAGAAUAAUUUCAACGUAUUCGAUCUAUCGACCAAAACAGGUCUGCGACUGGAUCGCGUCAAAAGGAAUGUUCUAUUCGUUGUUUACGACACGUACACUUCUAAUGAAAAAUAUUGCAAACUAAAAAGCAUCAUUCUCCUAUUUAAUAUGGAAUAUCGAAUUAUUUGUCAAUUAAGAUGUGAGCGUGAACUUAUUGUACACGAUUGCCUUGCCCGGAACCUGAGUUACCGUGAGUACAAUAACGUUCAGGUAAAAUGAACAAUCACGUACAAAACUCUGAUCGAUUUGCAGAUAGCUUUCUAAGUAGUAUCGUUGUACUUGGUAAAUUAGCUAACAAACGAGAAACUAGCGUAACGUACGAUUUCCGUUUAACUGUAACUAGAUAAUAGAGGUAUGCGUCUAUAAAUUUUAAAGGAAAUACCGUGCAACGAUCCUUGAUUUUAAGAGUAGAUGCAAAAGUUUAUUACUUCGCGUUGUCGCAUGAUAUAUAAUUUAUCGUUUGAGAGUACCAUGUUUUCGAAUAUAUUAUUCAGAUACAAAUCUAAUAUUAUAUAAUAUAUAAAUAUAUAAAUAUAUAAAUAUAUAUAUAUAUAUAUAUAUAUAUAUAUAUACACGUUAGUAUGAAUGUAGAAAGUUUAUGUAAAUAACAAAACAUUGUGAUGUGGAUAUCUCGUUGAAUCGAAACCCACAUUGGGUAUAAUUUUACAUAAAUACAUAUAAUUAAGCAGCCGCGAAUCAACCACGUUAUUUAACGCAUUCAACGGUUAUGAAAUAUCGCACAUCACGAUAAGAGAAUAACAUUUAUUUAAGUGUAAAAUGGCAGCUCGAGAUCAAAGCUAUUUAACCGUUCCGAAUUCUCUACUAUAGAUGAAAUUUUACGCUGAAUUCAUGUAUUUACCUGAUCUGUGCAACCACAUUACUUCGUGUUACUUAGAUUAAUGUUAACCUAGACCAAACCGAUUUAACGAGCAUUAAACUACGGAAAUUUAAAAUAAUUUCACGACGCGAACAACAGAUCUACGUUACUACAGAGUUUCCAAGAGCAAACUGCACUUAACACGAGUGUAAUUAUUUUUAGCGUAAAUCCGGUGAAAAUGUGUGGUGAAAAUUAUUAAAUAGUCUAAGCCCUUGACUUUAUAUCAUUGCGUUACCGGAUAAUAAAUAAAAGAUGGAUAUCAUAUUCAACUUCCAAAA